GGCAACCCGGAAGUAUCUUUGAAUACGCGCGCGGGAAUAACUAGACAGCUACAGCUAACAGAGGAGCUCGAGAAACUGUAUCUAAAUAACUGAAGUAUAACUUUGUAAAUGUAAUAUCGAUUUUUAGCUUUGUUUGUUAUGAGACUGUGAGCGUUUCAGGGAAGUGUGCGUCCCGUAUAUAAAGAGAGGCUGGUUAUUCGUGUGUGUGAGAUUUGUAAACAAUGAAAUCCACAAAGAUCACUAAAGUGAAACCUGCAGCAUCAGCUAAAGAAGAAGAGUGUGGAAUAUGGCUCGACACAAAAGAGUUAAAAGAAAAGAAACAACAGAAACAGCUGACCCGUCCAGUUUCCAAAUUACUGAACCCACUUGCGAGAUCAGGGGGAUACAGUGUGGCAGUCGCACUCAGCUUCACUCAGACCAAACUCAACAUGCCUGUCACUAGACAAAGCACUAUAUCAACCUUCUUUUCACCCAAAUCCAGAGACCCUAACCCAAGUGCGGCUUAUUCUGGAUUGUCCAGUUCUAUGCACACAGAGGCACGCACCAGGGCCAAACGGAAACAUGAUGUGACUUUGGAGCCAUCUACAGAGUCAACCAGUCAAAUAUCUGAGGUGUACCGUGAUGAAGAUUUUGAAAGAUUGUCAGCCAAGAACAAAAAAGAACAGUCCUUUCUCUAUUUAAUAUGCGGAACUGAGCCAGAGGAAGAAGAACCGCCUGAAAAAAGGAGACAUGUUGUCCAUUAUACAGAAAAUGUGUUAGAGACACAAGAAUAUUGGAAUAAAGAAGCUUCAAAUGAAUAUCCAAAUCAGACAGUUCCUGAAAGUGAGACUUUCUUUCAUGUGGAGUCCCCGGAGCACUAUGAUCUGAUGGUCUGGAAGCCUUCUGAAGAUGCACAUAAGCAUUUCCUUAAGUCUCCAAGUCCUAAACGCACAGACAAGCACGAUUUAAGAGAUCAUAAGGCCUCAGUUAAGGGGUCUAUCUUAACUUCUAGGCCUGUCAAUGAAAACCACAAAAGAUUGAGUGCUUCUGUGAAUACCAAUAAAAAUCAGGAGCAGUCUUGGCACAAAAAUAAGGCAUCGCCCAUGAAACGAAUGGGGAAAGAGAAUAGUUGGCUUGCGUCACCUGUUAAAAAUGUUCCAAAAUCGCCUUUUAAACACCAUCUAAUUUCCAGUCCAGCUAAGUGCAGGUUAAAGGAGAAAUACACUUUUUCUCCAGAAAAAUCAGGUAAGGAACUUGCAAACACAGAGACGGUUGGAGAAACCUUUGCUAAACUGUUUACUCAGGACUCAGAGGGCUUCUGUGUGAUUGCUCAUCGUGACCAGCACUUAAGGAGCCCACUGAGAGACCAGAGCAAUUUAUCUGUGGGCAAAGAUUACAGGAAUAGUCCAUCUGCUGCUUCUUUAGAAAAAGAGGAGGAAUCAGAUCUAGAGCCAGAAAUGCUUUUCACCCAAGACUCAGAAGGAAACAUGGUCAUCAAGCAUUAGCCAGAAACAGAUGUGAAAUAUCACAAGAACACAGAAUUUUAAGUGUUUUUUCAUUGAUUUUCUUUCUUAAAAUUUUGAAGCUCUUGAUUUUUUUUAAAGAUGUAAUUAAUUAAAAUAUUUGAAAAUUUAAAUGAACAUUCAAUUUAAAAAAAAUAAACAUUUGUACAAGUACAAAUAAACCCCAAAAAUGAUGUUUGUUGUGUAAUAUUUUAUAAAGAUUCACUGCUUGCCAGCAGAUGGCACCAUGAAGCUUUUACUGUCUCUGGUGAAUUACUCAAGCUGUGCUUGUAGAAUUUGUAUAUUUUAAAGUAGGGCAUGACAUAUGUCACAUUAAACAUUAUACAUGUGCAAUACAUUUGAGUUUAAAAGCUCUAUCACUUUAAAUUAAUUUAUGUUUUGUAUUGCUUUAAAUUCCCAGCAUGUGGCAAGGUGAAUACUUCACAUUCUGUUCUCAUUUGCCAAGUUGAUGAUUCCCCAUUGCUGCUCUGUUUAAACUUGCUGUCAGGGACAGAAUCUAUGAGUUUCAU